AUGAACGGCGCGCCGGAAAGGAAAGGGUCCACCACCUCACUCAAGGACGAAGUGACGGCUCUGGAGAACGGCGCUGAACGGCCCAAGAUGGGCACCGCGAUCCGCGGAACACGCAUAGGUCACAAGAAGUCGAGGAAUGGGUGUCAGCAGUGCAAGAAACGGCGUGUCAAGUGUGAUGAGAGUCGGCCAUGUCGCAACUGCGUACGGCACGACGUCAAGUGCAGUCUUGUCCUGACGCCAUUCGCACCUCAGCUUCCUGCCGUGACCGAAUCACCAAAACCGGCCCAAGAUGCCGCGAGUACAGCAACACCGGGCAGUAUAGGGGAAGCCUCGACGGCCAGUCGCCCAGCCAGCCGGCGCGAGAGACCAUCACCUCAAUUGUCUUCAUUGAAAGACAAGGUCGCCGCCAUCCAGGGGCUGCUGUCAGAGUUUACGGCUGAAGUAGAUGCCCUCAACCAAAACGGCAAUGAUAACUACUCCAGCCCGGCCAAUGGCUCAAGUCAUGGAGACUCAGGAGACUCUCAGAGUAUUUCACAAGCUGACUGGCUCACCGACAUGCAACUCGUCCAUCACUUUACCUCCAACACGGCUCAUACUCUCUCUGAGAAUCCAGACUUUGUACAUCUGUGGACUACGACGGUUCCUCAGAUUGCAUUCGCCAACGCAACCAUCCAGGACUUUCUCCUCCACGGUAUCCUCGCCGUAUCAGCUAUUCACAGAGCGCACAUCAAUCCCGAGAAAAGAGACGAGUAUGCCAACUUAUCAGCACGCCAUCAGAACAUCGCCCUGAGCCAGUUCUCGCCAGGACUGAGCGAGAUUGGCGAGAACAACGCAGACGCCUAUGUGCUCCACGCAAUAUGCAUCUUCCUGCUCAACACCUACUCCAUCGCCAACCCCCACGGGCCCAUCACAUCCAAGGACGUCGCCCAGUCCUUCAUCCUACUACAAGGCAUCAAGAGCAUUCUCACACUCCCCUUUGCCCACCGCUACAUCUCCAACGGCCCAUUGGCCCGCUGGCUCUACCAAGGCGGCGUCGAACCUGCCGUCGGAGGCAACUUUGCCUCGAAAAUCGACGACCUCCUCACUCUCACACGAAGCAUGGCCCCUUCAGACGACACAACAACCUGCCAAUCCGCCCUUGAGGGCCUCAAAAUCACCUUUGCCGCAGUCUCCGCCCCGCAACACAGGUCCGGUCUAGUCUGGCGUUGGGCAGUCUCCCUCCCCCAGCCCUUCCUCGAGCUGAUGAUCCAGAACCAUCCCAUGGCCCUCGUCAUUCUCAUGCACUACGCUGCACUUGUGCACGCAUUUGAGCGGAACAUGUGGUAUCUUGUUGGCUGGGGCAACAACGUCGCCUCAGCUUUGGAUCAAGCUAUCCAGGAGCCAUGGAGGGAAUGGAUUCAGUGGCCUCUGAGGUGUAUCCGAGAGGGUGUUGAUAUUCGGCAGGUUGAGCCGUUCAAGCCAGUUCCGAUUGAGAGCGUACCUAGGACGCAGCCACCCACUGCCGCCAACUUCAAGCUGGACCUUUUUAGGUUGGGCGAGCCACCAGCAUGA